CAUUAUUUUAAGCGAAGUUGAAUCAUGUAUAGUUUAUUCAAUAUCAAUUGUAGAAGAUAGUUAUGCGAGGAUCAAUCAAUAUUUCAUAAAUACGUACGGCACUCAUACCAAAUUAAGAAAUGAAAAAUAAUGUUCAAUCUCCGUAUAAAAUUCAAUAAACAUCUAACAAAUCGUCAGUCAACAUGGACUCAUCAUCUCCACGUUUUACCAAAGAAAAUCUAGAAUCGUAAACAUGAAUGCAUUUCUAUUGGCCGAAGCUUUCGGAAGGCCGGCUGUCAUUUUUAUAAUGGGUAUAUUUAAUAAUAUUUUCAAAAUAUGUCUACUCCAAUGUUCGUUUUUACCAACAAUUCAAUCAAGAUUAUUAGCGGGAAAAGCUGAUGCAAAGAAACUCACCAAAAAAAGUGAAGCCAAGAAAAAACCACGCUUAAAAACAUUUAACAUUUAUCGCUAUGAUCCAGAAAGGAAAGGAUCGAAACCAUUUAUGAAGAAAUUUACCAUUGAUUUAAAUGAAUGUAGACCUACAGUACUUGAUGCAUUGAACAAAAUCAAGACAGAACAGGAUACAACUUUGACUUUUAGAAAAUCUUGCAGGGAGGGAAUAUGUGGUUCAUGCGGAAUGAACAUAGAUGGAGUGAACAGACUGGCCUGCCUAGACAAAAUCAAACCGAAGGGAGUAACGAAAGUAUACCCUUUACCCCAUAUGUACGUAAUCAAAGAUUUAGUAGUAGAUUUCCACAAAUUCAUGGAGCAACACAAUCGGAUAAAACCCUUUCUAAUUAGGGAUCGUCCUCAAAAGAGCCAACAGUUUCUCCAAAGCAUUAAGGAUCGGGACAACAUGAUAGGACUUGUAGAAUGCAUUCUCUGCGCAUGCUGUUCAACUUCUUGUCCUGAAUACUGGUGGCAUGGUCAUUCUAAAGAGCCUAAUGAUUUUUUGGGGCCAGCCGCCUUGUUAAAUAGCUACAGAUGGAUCACUGAUUCCAGAGAUCAUGCUACUGAGGAAAGAUUGAACGAUCUCAAAAAUUAUUUCAGCGUCUUUAGAUGCCACCAAAUAAAUAAUUGCACUGUUUGCUGUCCAAAGAGACUAGUUCCUGGAAAAGCUAUUGCUAAACUGAGACUACUGGUAUCAGGAAUGGCCAAAAAGAAAAAACCGGAUAUGGAAGGAACUGCUGACUCAGAUCCAAUGAAGGCGUGCGAAAAAUAGAAAUGCUGGCAUGAAUAAAAUUAUAAAUGUUUAUUUUCAUGUAUAUAUGCUGUAUAAAAUUACAAAAUUAUAUAUAAUACUUCG